CUACUGUCAGACCGAAAAAUGAAGUAGAACAGAAGCAGCUCUGUGCUUUUGGGGAGUACGUGGCUGAGAUCCUGCCCAAGUACAUCCAGCAAGUACAGGUGACCUGUUUCAAUGAGCUGGAACUUCUGAUCCAUCCAGAUGGGAUCGUUCCAGUUCUGACCUUCCUUCGAGAUCACACUAAUGCCCAGUUCAAAUCCUUGGCUGACUUGACUGCUGUCGAUGUCCCGUCUCGGCAGUUCCGCUUUGAGAUCGUGUACAACCUCCUGUCUUUGCGCUUCAACAGUCGGAUCCGUGUGAAGACGUACACCGAUGAGCUGACUCCGGUUGACUCAGCGGUGUCUGUGCACAAGGCAGCCAACUGGUAUGAAAGAGAGGUUUGGGACAUGUAUGGUGUUUUCUUUGCCAACCACCCUGACCUAAGGCGAAUCCUCACAGACUACGGGUUUGAGGGCCAUCCUUUCCGGAAGGACUUCCCACUCUCUGGUUACGUAGAGGUGCGGUAUGAUGAUGAAGUGAAACGAGUGGUGGCAGAGCCUGUGGAGCUAGCUCAAGAAUUCCGGAAGUUUGAUCUGAAUAGUCCUUGGGAGGCGUUUCCUGCUUAUCGUGCAGCUCCAGAACCCCUGAAAAUAGAAGCAGGAGCCAAGAAAGAAGAUGCAAAAUAGCAGCAGAAUGGAGCGGAUGCACAACACCAUUCUUUCUGUUCUGACAUAGUAUUUAUAAUAAUAAAAAUCGAUAUGAGAU